UAAUGCGGACGCCUCGCGCCAUUCCUGCCUUGGCGCCCGCCGCCCUUUGCGGCACCGUCGUAAAACGGCGGCUGUCGCUUGGCGGCUGGCGCUGAGGACUGGGCCGGGCCCGGAGUCGCUCGGAGUUUAUUGGCUCGGGGCCGCGGCGGAGGCGGUUUGAGCGGCGGGGCCCGCGCGGCCGGAGCGGGAGGAUGCUUCCUUUAUCCCUGUUGAAGACUGCACAGAACCACCCUAUGUUGGUGGAAUUGAAAAAUGGUGAAACGUACAACGGUCACCUAGUGAGUUGCGAUAACUGGAUGAACAUCAACCUUAGAGAAGUCAUCUGCACAUCAAGGGAUGGAGACAAAUUCUGGAGAAUGCCAGAGUGUUACAUUCGCGGCAGCACAAUUAAAUAUUUGCGUAUCCCCGAUGAAAUCAUUGACAUGGUGAAGGAGGAGGUGGUGUCAAAGGGCAGAGGUCGUGGUGGCAUGCAGCAGCAGAAACAACAGAAAGGCCGAGGAGGUGGAGGUGCCGGGCGAGGAGUGUUUGGUGGUCGUGGCCGAGGGAUACCAGGGAGUGGAAGAGGGCAGCAGGAAAAGAAGCCAGGCAGACAAUCUGCAAAACAAUGAGACUCUGUACCUUUGCCAGAGACAGUGUUGGGAGGCUAUAUGGUUUUGUCACCUCCGGAUUGCCAUGUGUAUAAAGGUGUUAGAUUUCUAAACUUCAAUUAAUCAAGCUAAACAAACUCUGAAUCAUCAUGCAACUUGUCAGCCCCCCAGAUCCCAGUCUGCUGGUAAAGCUAGGUAAUUGCGGUCACUUUUUUAGCCAGUAAAUCCAUAAUUGGAAAGAUUUGGGUUCUCUUUUCAGUUUGGUAAAGGAGGUGACUUCAGUAGACUCUCUCUCUCCUGAGAAGUUACAUUCUGUUUAAUUCUUCAGGCUCACUCUAUUUUUAAUACACACGGAAAUGUUGUCCCUUGUAUGUUUUAAGAACUUGUGUAAACAUUUUGAGGACAGUUUGGUUUUGUUCUUUGUUUUAUACUUGAAAUCAGAUUUGGGAUGUUUUUACAUCUGUUGCAUACACACAACUUUUUAGUUAGAAAAACUGAAAUCGAGGACAUUGUAUCUUUGCUUAAGAGCUGUCUCAAAGAUUCUUUUUUUUUUUUUAACGCCUUUUUUAACUAGCCCUCUGUUUCUGAUGAAGCAGUGGUCCCUCUCUACCAUGCCUUGGACCAUAGGCCAAGGGGAAAACACUCUUGGGUUGUGUGAUUUAAAAACUGAAAAUAAUAAACCUACUAUUACAGGUUCUCAAAUCACAUCACUAA